AUGGGUCCCAAAUCUAAACCGGGGGCUACUUCUAAAUCAAAGGCGAAAGCGGAAGUCGAAGACAGAGAUGAAGAAGUAGAAAAUGCUGAAACCACACAGGACGAAAAGCCACAGCCUUCAAAACCCCGCAAACGGAAAGCUAAAGACAAAGAAGAAGAAGAUACUUCAUCCGCCAAGCCGACUACCAAGACUAAAAAAGCCAAAGGACCAACAGUGCCGAUCCACGCUGAUCUACCGAACAACAAGGCAUUUCCUUCCAAGCUACAAUUUGAUCCCAAGGCAGAAGGUUGUAUCCGAAUAUCAGCAUGGAAUGUAUGCGGAGUCAACGCCUGCGAUAAAAAAGGCCUGAAAACGUAUUUGCAAGCUGAAGAUCCAGAUAUUAUGAUCAUGAGCGAAACCAAGAUGCAGGCUGAACCUGAUAUAAUGCAUCUCAAACAUCAAUAUCGAUAUCGAUAUUGGGGGGGCGAUCCCAAGAAAGGCUAUGCGGGGGUAGCUAUAUUGUCUAAGCACAAGCCUCUGAAUGUAGUGUACGGCCUCCCAACAGCUGACGACCAAGACAGUACAAAAGGCCAGUUUACAGACUUUCAUUUGAUUGGAACCUAUACUCCAAACGCUGGCGAAGGGCUUCAAUUCAUGACCAGGAAAAAUGAAUGGAAUGCAGCUUUUGAGAAGUAUCUAAGGGAGCUGGAUGCUGUUAAGCCCGUUGUAUGGGGAGGCGAUAUCAAUUGCGCACUUACAGAAAAAGGUAGAUAUAAGAUUUUCAACUUCUCCCUUGUGAACACUUUGUCUUAUUCAGACCAAUCUCUUUGCAAUCCGGGAGACCUGCGGAAUGCAACCACGAGUUGGAACAAAAUUGCUGGGUACACGCAGGAUGAGUGUGAUGCCCUUCAAAGCCAACUGAACCCCAAGGAAGGAAGUGGACAUGGCAAAAUAGUGGAUGCAUGGCGGGUAUCACGCCCAGAUCUUGAGGGACAUUAUACUUACUUCAGCUUGGCCUUCGAUGUAUCUCCAACAACCUUAAAUUUUAAAGUUAUCGUUUUGGAUGCCGUGAAAAGGGAAUCGGAUGGAGGAUUGACUCAUUCUACGGCUUGUGGACAACCAGCCUUUUCUUUGGUCGCCAUGCAACAAAGUGCCUCACCUGAUAGACUGCCUGUUUCAGGAACCACACAAGAUGGCCAAUCAAUGCAGGGGAGUUCAGCCUGCCAAGAAACUGGUCCAACUUUGGUCAGAAUUGACCUAGCCAAUUUGACCCUUCAGGAGUUCAAAGACACAGUUACUGACUUGGCCAAAGGAUUUCAUAUGGACUGUAAAGAAUGCCAAGCCAAGGAAGAAUUGUGUGGUACAAAAUAUAAUCCUGGAGCCAAUCCAGAAAAGACUCACAAGCUUGCCUUGAAUUUGAUUAAUCUUCAGGCUGAUGUAACCAAGAUCCGCAUGGCACUCCAGACGCACUAUGGAGAUAGUGGUUGUGCGGGCCAUCGCUUCUGGCAAACCUGGGGUGACCCUGUUCCAACCACCGGUGGGACUACCUGGAUUUGA